CAAACCAAUAUGGCGGCCAACAGAAGCGCGCGCCUCGCGUAGGUCGAAAUUACGCCGUAGUUAUAUUUCCGUCUAAUAUAAAUGUGUUGUGCGUGCAUCAAUUAUGUUAUAGUGGCAGUGCUGCCCUUUUGAUAUUAAUACAAAUAGUUUGUUAACGUUGUGUUGUAUGAGUAAUCCUAAUGGCGUCCUCGGCAGUGUGCGGGGUGAUGGAAGACAUUCACCGGCCAGCACCGAACAGCUAACGAAAUGCGAGAAGGAACCAGAUUGCGUCGCGGUAGGUAGCAGGCUGCGGGGAGCUAUGGGUACGAGACCUCCUGCUGCUUUCUGGCCACAGCUCUGGGCUACUGUGGUCAGGAACCUGCUCCUCAAGAAACGCGACACCAGAAAAACCCUCGCUGAAGUGCUGGUUCCUCUCUAUUCACUUGGAGUCCUCAUCUUCCUCAAGAUGCUAGUCCCGAACCCGAACUUCCCCGAAGUACGGAACCCAGGGCGUAUCAUGAGAAUACAUCACGACGCGUUCUCCGUUAGUAACAACAUUGCUGUGGUUGCUGACUGGAAUAACAAUAAUGGCACAAUGAGUUUCCUGGAAGAUGUGAACGCAAUGUUAACUGAAUCUGGCCUUUACCCGAUAACCUGGAUUAAAUACAAUGACACUGACGAGUUGGAUGACGCGUACCACAGCGAUGCCAAAAGCUUUCCAAUUGCUGUCAUCUUUCAUUCCGACCCCAAGGCAUCCGGAGAGCCUCUCAGGUACACCAUCCGAACAAACCCUUCAACAGACGGCGGAACCCCUUCAACUCGCAUCUUAACAACAUCCCCAGCUAAGUGCAGAGAUCGCACCAACACGGAUUGGUCCACAGACUGGUCCAGGGGUGGGCAACUCAUCCCACUCUCGGAAAUGCACCGAGAAGACACGUGUCCAGUGCUGCAAUAUUACUAUACUGGCUUCUUGUCCUUGCAGAGUCUGCUGGACUACGUUAAAAUAAAGCUGGACACUGGCACACAAUUUCGGCCACCUCGCGUAGAUCUAAUGCAGUUUCCCAAAGCCCAACAUACCGGGGAUUGGUUGGUGAUCUUCCGGGUGAUAAUGCCUAUGUACAUGGUGAUGACUUUGUCACAGUUCAUCACAUACCUGUUGAUGCUGGUGGUAGGCGAGAAAGAGAAGAAGAUUAGAGAAGGAAUGAGGAUUAUGGGGCUGAAGGAUUCAGUAUACUGGGGCUCAUGGUUUUUGAUUUACGCUGUAUUUGUGACCCUCUUAUCUGUGGUCAGUACUGUCCUGUUGUUUACUUUGAAGGUCUUUCAACACUCCUCAUACAUCUUGAUAUUCCUGCUGAUGCUGCUAUUUGGGUUCACAAUCAUCACCUUUGCGUUCAUGCUGACACCUUUCUUCGACAAAGCGAGGACGGCUGGUAUCCUGGGCAGUUUUGCUGUGAAUCUGAUGAGUGGACUGUACUUCAUCCAGGUGUUUGUCUCCAACGCUGACUCACUCGCAUUCUGGUUCCUAUCGCUCAUCAGUUCCAGCUGUUAUGCUCUUGCGAUGGACAAGGCGUUAGUCUUAGACAUGGCUGGUGUGGGAGUUACCUGGGACAAUCUGUGGAGUGGACCUGGAGUUCCAUUUGGAGGCAGUCUUAUCAUGAUGGCUAUUGACACUGUCAUCUACGCGCUAGCUGCCUACUGGCUGGAUGCUGUUGUGCCAAGUGAAUACGGGAUCAAGCAGAAGCCAUGGUUCUGUCUCCUACCAUCGUUCUGGUGUGGCAGUCGACGUGGCAGAGUUUCUGCUGUACAUUUCCACUCCAACGGUGAUUCUGCGCAUAACAAGGACAUCGAACCUGUGCCCAAGGAACUCCAGGACAAAGAAGCCAUCAGGAUUGUGGGCCUCCAGAAAACCUUUCGUCAUUGCCGUAAGCCUGAAAUCAAGGCCAUCGAUGGGAUAGAUCUGAGUAUCUAUGAGGGUCAAAUUACUGCUGUUCUUGGACAUAAUGGUGCUGGGAAGUCCACGCUAUUCAAUAUAUUAACUGGACUUACUGCACCCACGGCUGGAACUGCUUAUGUUUAUGGCUUAGACGUCAGAGACCCAAAUGACAUGCACGAAAUACGUCAGAUGAUAGGCGUGUGUCCUCAGCAAGAUGUCCUAUUUGAUCUGCUUUCUGUUAAAGAGCAUUUAAAGUUCUUUGCAGCUAUUAAGGGUAUUCCUAGAAAGAGAAUAGACGAUGAAGUUCACAAGGCGGCGUCAGAAGUGAGCUUAUUGGACCAUAUGGACAGCUUCUCGAAACAUCUAUCAGGGGGUCAGAAGCGCAGAUUGAGUAUAGCUAUCGCGUUCAUUGGGGAUCCGAAGAUAAUUAUCCUGGACGAGCCAACAGCUGGGGUAGAUCCGGUGUCUAGGAGGAAAACUUGGAGAAUUCUGCAGAGAGCAAAGCGAGGGAGAGUUCUAUUGUUAACGACUCACUUUAUGGACGAGGCUGAUAUCCUUGGGGAUAGAAAAGCCGUUAUCAGCAAAGGCAGGGUUCGUUGCGCCGGUACUUCAUUAUUUCUGAAGAACAAGUUUGGCAUCGGCUACCAUUUGACGCUCGUCUUGGAUGGUGCAUGUCGUGAGAACCAGAUCACUCGUCUAGUGCGAGGUCAUGUCGGCCGUGCAGAGAAGGCGCGACGACACGGCCGGGAGCUUUCUUACAUCCUACCACACUAUUCAGUCCAUCUCUUCCCCCCCCUAUUCCAUGCUAUAGAAAAGGAAAUACGGGAGAAGACCAAUCGUCUCGGUAUUACCAGCUAUGGGGUGUCAAUGACAACGCUAGAGGAAGUGUUUCUAAGUCUGGAAGGCGAGAACGCUGAUGAAAUGGAUGCCGUUGAGGGAGUUUCUUCAGUGAAGCUGGUACGAGCGAGAGCUUUAUCUAGAAGCCUGUCUCUGCAGAGUAAAACUCUCAGCUAUCAGGAGCUAAAUGAUAAAGAGUUGCAGAAGAGUGCUUCUCUGACCCCACCAGCAUCCCACGCGCUGCAUUCUACCAAUCAUGGGGUAGAACUGGUUAAGGUAACACCAGAUUUGCCGGUCUCUGUGGAAACAUUAGGAGAAAUCUUGAAAACAAACCCCUCGUGCUGGCGUACAUUCUGCGCACUUGUUUAUAUAAGGACAGUGCGUAUGAUAAGGGACCCUUAUAAACUUUAUGUUAUGAUAUUUAUGCCUAUAAUCUCUUGUGCUCUGGGUUUGUAUAUAAAAUCUCGUCAAAUAGUAUUUUUUCGAAUGCAACCGUUGAAACUAGAUCCAAACGUGUACGUCAACAGGACCCCAAUAGCUUUACACGCAGAACAGGACAAUUUUCAACUUGUUGAUGACUUUAGAAACUCAAUAGAGAGCUUAGGAGCAAACCCCACAGGAUUUUUUGAUGGAAAUUUUUCAAGUUUGUUAGAUAUGGAAAAUUUUGGGGCGUUUAGUUUGAAAGAAAGCAGAAACCCCUACGGAAAUAUAUUGGCCUAUUACAAUAGUACUCUAACGCACAGUUUGCCAAUUAUUAUUAAUUUAUUGGACAAUAGCAUUUACAGGGUUUUAAUGUCUGCGUCUGGACAGUUAGAAAAAUUUAGGCCUAUAGAAGUUUUAACGCAUCCGUUCCAACAAACAGAACAGCCUGAAGAGUUCAAUUUAGGAAGUGUUGUUUGUGCCAUAUUCAUGGGAAUGAUUUUCGCCCUGGUGCCUGUAACUUUAGCUGUAGACAUUGUGUAUGAUAGAGAAAUAAAAGCAAAGAACCAGUUACGUGUGAACGGAUUAUCUAUGACUAUGUAUUUCAUUACAUACUUUACUAUUCUUAUAUUCAUUAUGAUAAUUACUAGCAUUGGAGUUUUAAUCCUAGUUAUAAUCAACGAUAUUCCCAGCUUAACUAACGGAUCCGCAAUCACAAUGUUAACUGGUCUCUUAAUGUUGUAUAGUCCGUCAGCUAUCCUCUUUAACACCUGUCUGUCUUAUAUAUUUGACAAGAUGGAUUCGGCCCAAUCAAUAAUGCCGAAUAUAACAACCUGGGUUGGGGUCAUACCGUUUGUUAUGGUCGCAUGUUUGGACACAUUUAAAUGGGGUAGCGAGAUAGCUUUUUAUCUCCACACGUUGUUUAGUUUCUUAGAUGUUAUGUACAUACCAUAUGCGAUAAUAUAUUAUGUUGAUAGGGUAUACUUAACGUGUAACCUAAGCGGGCUAUGUACAGUUCCGGCUUUGUCCAGUUACUUCACUGCAGAAGUUUGGGUGUUGAUUGGAGCAAUGGUGGUGCAUGUCCCUCUUUGUGGGAUAGUACUCCUUGCUGCCGAUAGAGUGAAGUCUGGGGGAAGGAUAUGUCCGCGGAAAAAGAGCGAAACAGACAAGUGUUUAGAAGCCGAGUCUGAUGCCGGUGGUGAGGUGGGAGAGGAUGAUGACGUCAGGAGGGAACGACGCAGGGUCGUGACGCUGCUCCAGGAGUCACAACAGCAGCAGCGGUCACCACCACCUGCCCUGCUUGUCCACAAUCUCCGGAAAGAGUACAAAGUACGCAGUUCUGAGGGUUCGUGGUGUGGAGAGAAUGAAGGGGGCAAAAGGGCUGCCUUGGCGAGACUGUCGCUGGCCGUGCAGGGGGGAGAGGUGUUUGGCCUGUUGGGGCACAACGGAGCUGGCAAAACCACCACAAUGAAGAUUAUUACUGCUGAGGAGCGGUUAACCUGCGGCACGGUAAUGUUGGGCGGAAAGAAUAUAGAAGAGGCGCAGUCGAGUGCUUUCCAGAUGUUGGGUUACUGUCCACAGCAUGACGCGCUAUGGAAGAACGUCACAAUUCGGGAGCAUAUAGAGUGCUACGCGGCGAUACGAGGGAUAAGCAAAGCUGAUACACCCAGGAUCGUAGAUGCGUACUUAAACGGCCUACAAAUAAUGGAGCACGCCAGUAAAAAUGCUGAUGAGUGUUCGGGUGGAACACGACGGAAGCUGUCGUUCGCGCUGGCCAUGGUCGGGUGUCCCCGAGUCGUGUUGCUGGAUGAGCCCUCGACUGGCAUGGACCCCAGGAGUAAACGGUUCCUCUGGGAUACCAUACUGGCUAGCUUUCAGGGAAAGAAAGGUGCUAUUCUUACCACACAUUCCAUGGAGGAGGCUGAUGCUUUGUGUUCAAGAGUCGGAAUUAUGGUCAAGGGAGGUUUGCGGUGCAUCGGUUCAACACAACACCUGAAGAAUUUGUAUGGAGCUGGCUACACCCUGGAAAUGAAAAUCGGAGAAAACAGUCACAAAUCAGCGAUGAUUGAAAGCGAGCUCUCCAUGUCUCCUUCUCCAUUGAGGUCUGGUGUCAACUCGCCGUCGCUGGGAGAAGCCGAUGAAGGUUCUGGUGGUGGUUCGGUGACGGCUGAAGUGGAGGUGGAGGGAGAGACUGAAACUGUGGACGUCAACAUAAAUACUCCACUUGUGGGCAACGCUACUACGACCCGGCAUCAUCAUCAACGAACAGAGUCAAGUGGUGGAGCUAACUCGGACGCAGCAAUAGCUCUGGUGACACAAAUAUUCCCAGCGGCUGUUCUAGAAGAGAGUUUUGCAGAACGACUCGUCUUCUCUGUCCCGCAGCAUUCUGUUUCCAGUUUAGCAACUUGUUUUCAGCAAAUUGAAGCCGCUAAAGAGAAACUAAAUAUCCUCGAGUACAGUUUCAGUCAAACCACACUUGAACAAGUGUUCUUGAAGUUUGCACAAAGCGAAAAUGUUGACUCGUCGGAUCAAUAGCAUUAGAUAAUAGACUAAGAACAGUGGGUGAUUCACUUGACAAGAGAAUUAUGUUUAUGUAAUCUGUGGUAACUGCCACUGUCGUAUGAAAACGGAUUAAUUGUCUGUGAUUUUGUCAUCUUUCCCGCGUAAAUCAAUGUCAAAUACAUAUAGAAGAAAAGUUUUAAAUAUAAAUACUUUUUAUAGUUUUAAAA